AUGCUGCGUCGGACCCUGCCGGUGCUCAAAAAGCCUGACGCGCGGAGCAGCGCGUCUACUCCGGUGCCGCGCGCCCAGCGUAUGUCCCGCAUCGAUCAGGCGCCUACUACGCCUCAGCAGCCGGAAGAGAAACUGCGCCGCCUCGCGCGCAACGUCGACGCGUGGACCGAGAAGCGGAGCGACAAGUCGCUCUGGGAGAGCUGGAUGGCGAUCCCCCCCCGCACGCGUAUUAUCAUGGGCCUCGGCGCCGUGGCCUUUUCGCUAGGUGGGAUCUAUGUAGCCGACUGGCUCGAGAAGCAGUACCCCGAGCGUAACCGGCGCGCGGGUGUGGCCGAGAGCAGUGUCUCGCCGCAGCUGCACGGCGGCGAGAACCGCACGCCGCGCCUCUUUUCUAUCAGCGUUGCUCUGCAGCAGCCUCUUUCGCUCCCCCGUGUUUCGCCUGCGGUGCGCACGGCCUCGCUCGUUCGUGGGUACGCCUCCGGCUCGGAGCCGUACGACGUUGUGGUGAUUGGCGGUGGCCCCGGUGGAUACGUCGCUGCGAUCAAGGCUGGCCAGCUCGGUCUGAAGACGGCGUGCAUUGAGAAGCGUGGCUCGCUCGGUGGCACCUGCCUGAACGUCGGCUGCAUUCCCUCCAAGUCGCUGCUGAACAACUCGCACAUCUACCACUCGACCAAGCACGACCUGCAGAAGCGCGGUAUCGACGUGGAGAACGUCCAGCUCAACCUGCCUACCAUGCUCAAGGCCAAGGAGGGCGCCGUGACUGCGCUCACCAAGGGUGUCGAGGGUCUCCUGAAGAAGAACAAGGUCGACUACAUCAAGGGCACCGCGUCCUUCGCGUCGCCGACCACCGUCAACGUGCAGCUGCUUGAAGGCGGCGAGCAGGAGGUCGAGGCCAAGAACAUCAUCAUUGCGACCGGCUCCGAUGUGGCGCCCUUCCCGGGUGUCGAGAUUGACGAGGAGCAGAUCAUCAGCUCCACUGGCGCCCUCUCGCUGAAGGAGGUGCCCGAGAAGAUGAUCGUCAUCGGUGGCGGUGUCAUUGGUCUCGAGAUGGGCAGCGUGUGGAGCCGCCUGGGUGCGCAGGUCACCGUCGUCGAGUUCCAGGACGCGAUUGGCGGCCCUGGCAUUGACGGCGAGGUUGCCAAGCAGUUCAAGCGCAUCCUCGAGAAGCAGGGCAUCAAGUUCCAGCUCGGCACCAAGGUCUCGUCCGUGACCAAGGAGGACGGCAAGGUGAACCUCAAGGCCGAGACCGUCAAGGACGGCAAGGAGAUUGACCUGGACGCCAACGUCGUCCUGCUUUCGAUCGGCCGUCGCCCGGUGACCACCGGUCUGAACCUCGAGGCUAUCGGUGUCGAGGUCGACAAGAAGGGCCGUGUCGUGGUGGACGACGAGUUCAACACGUCGUGCAAGGGCGUGCGCUGCAUCGGCGACGCCACCUUUGGCCCCAUGCUUGCGCACAAGGCCGAGGAGGAGGGUAUCGCCGCCGUCGAGUUCAUCAAGAACGGCUUCGGCCACGUGAACUACGACGCGAUUCCCUCGGUGGUGUACACCUACCCCGAGGUCGCCUGGGUCGGCAAGACCGAGGAGGCGCUCAAGGCGGAGGGCGUCGAGUACAAGAUCGGCAAGUUCCCCUUCAUUGCCAACUCGCGCGCCAAGACCAACGGCGAGACGGAUGGCUUUGUCAAGUUCAUCGUCGAGAAGGAGACCGACCUGAUCCUCGGUGUGCAGAUCAUCGGCCCCAACGCGGGCGAGAUGAUCGCCGAGGCCACGCUCGCAAUGGAGUACUCUGCCAGCGCCGAGGACGUCGCUCGCACCUGCCACGCGCACCCCACGCUCUCGGAGGCGUUCAAGGAGGCGGCGCUCGACUCCUACGCCAAGCCCAUCAACUUUUAG